AUGAAAAUCCCCCAGUUAUUUUUCAAAGACUCAAACAAUGGGGAUGUCAUGGAUUCUUUUCUUUCACAUUUCACGCUUGAGAUUUCUAAAUAUUUUUCAAAUCUUAUCAAAACUAUCACUCAAACAGACCAAGUACAUAAUAAGAAAGAUACCACAGCAUUACAAGCGCUUAUAUUAUCUGAAUUAUCAACUUUUCCCGCAAUAAAUACAAUAAUAAACGCAGGAAUUACGACAUUUGCUUCAAUAUCAAGACCAAAUAUCAACAAAGCUAUCACAAAGCUCAAUGAAUUCUUUCCUUCAAUUAUAGGAGUGCCUAAAUCUACAGAAAUGUCCUCAGAAAAUGUUCUUUCUUUUUUUCCUGACGCAGACUCUGAGAAUUCCGAACUUGCGAUAACGGUAAACUUUAUUUCAGAGGCUACAUAUGCCACUUUGCUACUUGCUAUUCUCGAAGACCCAACGAAAAUCCAAGAUUCGAUCUUAGAAAGCAUAAUCAAUCGAUUACUUGUGCGGCAAUCCGCUCCAGCCCCCGGGACAUUUUCUUUUAAAGUGAUUCGCCUCAUCAAUAACCUCAACAAACCAAUAAUUACGGCGAUUUCAAAAACAAAUUUUCUUCUUUUCUCAACAAGGUUCAAUUCCAUCUUCCCGAAAACAACUACAGGACAGAAUGUAGUCAUUAACUUCCUACAUUCUGCUAUCGGAAUCAAUUUCGAUGCAGAAAAUUACAAUUUGAUCGAACCUUCCAUCGUACAGCUCCAGAAUCUCAUCAAAACAUUCAAAAGUAGUGAUGAUUUCAUAAAUGCUGCUUGCGUGUUCCUUUACGACAUUCUUUCCCAAAAUACCAACAUAAAAGAAAAAGAUUUAUCAUAUUUUACAAAAUUUGCAGAGAAACAUAUACUAUCCCCAGUUUCCUGGGCCAAUGCAGAGCGUCUAUACGGAGUUUGCCACUAUUUACGCUUUCCUGACCUCCAAAACAAGCAGUACCAAGAAUUUUACCAGCAGAAGGUCGUAAAACGACUCGUAAAAAUACAUAAAGCGGACACAGCCCUUCAAUAUAUCAUUGCUUUCCUUCGUCCGUCAGAAUUUGUCAAAUUAAACCUUGACAACAGGGUUUUUGACAUAAUCGGGUCAAUAUUCCAAACAGUAUUCACAGUAAACCUCAGCCAUCACGAAGAAAAUGCUUCAAUACUGUUGGAAAUUUUGGCCGCAUUGGAUAUACACAAAUUUACCAAUGAAUGGAUUCCAACGCUCUUGAACCCGACAUCUCCGAAUAUAAACGUCGCUUUGAGAACAAUUGGAAGGAUUUUGAACCCUUUGAGCGGAUUUUUCAAUUUAUCUGGAACUUCUCCACGAUCUACCAACAAAUCGUCGAAAGUAUACAUUAAUGUAUUGAUAGAACGCAUUAAAUCACUCUCUGUUCAGUGGUUUUCCGAUAGACCAAGGACAUUUGCGUCAAAUGCGUUUGAUUUCGUAUCCGCUGAUGAAAUUUUGUCUUCUAUUGACGUAAAACCUUCUUAUGGUGACCUAAAUUACCUCACAAUACCUUCAAAUGUCCUGAUGUUCUUAUUAAAUCCGAAAAAUUUCACAUCAGUUCGCAGAUCACCACGCGGACGCAUAGAAGACAGAGCAUCGGCCGAGGCAUCAACAAAGGAUGCAUUAACACAGUGGUCGAACGUCUUUGAAACUCCAAUUGAAUAUUUUGGAAGUUUUUAUUCGGUUUUUCACUUACCGAUGAUAGAAACGUUACCAGUAUCAUCGUAUACGCGAUCAGAAGUACUCUAUUUGAAGUUUAUGCCGAUAGUUAUUUAUUAUUCAAAUUCAAUCGAUGAAUAUGUGAAUUACAUCAUUGAUUUGAUACUUUCUGAUAUACCAGAGAUCUCAUCAUGCGCGUCAAUUACAUUUGAGAUGCUCUUUUUCGCUCUUCCGUCUUCUGCAGAAUUAUUUAUCACUGCUCUGUCUCAGGCGAUCACUUUGAUCAGUGACAAAUCAUGUGUAGGCAUACACCAACUCAUUCUGACCUUCCUCCAUUGCAUACAAUCAUCAGGAAACAUAUUUAAGUCAAAUGCUUCGACAAUUCUUUACAUGUGCGACCUUGUAUCGCUUAUCGCACUAUGUUCUCCAUUCCCUGAGACAAGACAGAUAGGUCUGGAGAUCGUAGAUUCGUCGGAAAUGUUAUUGAAUUUUAUUAUCGAAACUGGAGGUAAAGGAGAGAGUUGUUUGUUCGCAUUUCUGCAAGACAACUAUGCUCAGAUAGAGCAACAGAUCAUGAUUACUGUAAUUUCGAGUUUUUCUUCGAUUAAUGCGGAAAAUUGUCCAAUUCAUAGGAUUCCGUCGAUUCCUUUGCGUUCAGCAGCACUCAGUCCGUACUUAAUAUUAUGGAAAUUCUCUCUAAAAGAGAUAGAAACUCAAAUGAUUUACCAUAAUAUGACUCCAAACAUUUUAUUCAUCAGAAGAGCACUGUUAUCGUCAUUUGAAUUCAUUAAUACGACAAAUGGCGCUUUAGAUUACUUGAAUAACGAGAAUGCUGCUGAAUUACACCAUUUUUCGAAUCUUUUUGGCUUCCUUUUGUCAACAGCCGACACGAUGCCAUCCAUUUCGGACAUGUUCCAGCGUAAGAAGUGGUCAGAGCAGAUAUCUCUCAUAGAAAACUACUUUAAUACGUUGAUGUCUUGCGCAAUGACGAUGAAAGCCAAAGCUUUACCGGCAAUAUUCUUUCUUUGUAUCACAGCGCAUAUCGUGAUGCUGCCAAACAUCUUCGAUUUGCUCUUCAAAGCACUCAGAAAUGAUGAUUUGAAAAAUUCAAGGAAAGAUUUUGUUUUGAUUUUAUUUUCAAUAGUUCUCAGAAAUUUUGCAGUGUCAUGUCACUUUUCUGAGUACAUUGGAAAGUUGAUGAAUACAGGUACUGUAUCAAAUAUAUUCAAAUUAUUUGAUCAGCAAUUAGAAAUUCUUUGGAAUUCUGAUGGAACAAGUCAUUAUGUCCAAUUAUUCCAAUGCAUUGAGCAUCUGACUAACUUUUUAGUAUUCAGAGGCCAGUACUUCAAGUACCUACACCAGACAACGCUUCUAGCUCCUCAUGGUCCAAUUCCAAGAUGCGCGAUUAGCACAAUCACUAAUUCCAAGCUCAUUAGUCCCAUCAUGGACAAGAGUAAGAUGUUCGACUUACUCUUUAAAUGGAGCUUGCUUGGCUUAAACUGUGAUAUUUCUCCAGAUGUCAACGAAGCUCUCAAAACAACCAAAUUAGAUGCAAACACUCUGAAGGUUUUCGGACAUAUUACACGUAUAGCGCUCAGUUAUUUAGUUUCUUUGACUCCUUUAUUCAAAGAUUCUUCUACAAUGAAUUUGAGUUUCAUAAACAAAUGUACGAUGAUAGCGAAUGAACGUCCAUCAUUCAUAAAACAUUUGCUUACGCACCAUUACGACAUUUUCAUUGAUAAUUACUGCGAAAUCGCGAUGUCUUCAACUCUCGACUCGGCAUCGCGAUUUAUGGGCGCGAUAUCGAACCAGUUCGUUGCUCCAAGCAUGAAAGACUCAAUGAUUUAUACACAUGACACUUUUAUUAAAAAUAUGUCAACUGCAGUCAAAACUGACUUAGAUGACAACGAGAAAGGUUUCAUUGAGCUCAUUUACUCUAAGACAGGUAAAAUCCUGUUAGUUGGCCUCUUCUUUUUGUUACAUUCUGAUAUAAAAAUCAGACAACAGGCAAUUCGCAUGAUUGGACAAGUUUCAAGUGUUCUCUGCAUGAUACACUACAACUGCGACUUCACGGUUGCCAAGAAUCUGAUGAAUAACAUAUCAAAACAAAUAGAAAAUUUGCCAACUAAUAUUAACUCAACGAGAAUGGACAAUUGUGUUGAGUUAUCAACAGUAUGUUCGAAACUGUUUUGUUAUUGCACGGAACAAUUGUUGAAAUUGGCUUUUUCUGUUUUACCGAAAAUAUCAGUGAACAGGAAGGAAUGUACAAGGUCGCAAUUGAUUACUUUGAUAUGCCCAUGGAUAUUAAACAUCGAUUUCGACUACAGGAAGAGGAUUGUCAUUAAAAAUCCGAUAUCUCAUUUCAUUAUCUACAGUCCUUCAACAUUUAUCACUGAUUUGAUAGAGUGCUUGUGCCCUAUAAGCGAUCCCAAUGUUCCUCUCAUGUCCUGCGACUUGAUUCUAUGGAGAAACCUCGCUCAACCAAGAAAUUUUAAUUUUUUGGUCACUUCACUUGUUGAUUAUGGAACAUUUAAUCCGGACAGCAGGUCAUUCCUAGAGAGUGUCAUUACGUAUUUGUAUCGUAUUGACCCUGAGACGACCAGUAACUGCGUUGUUCCGCUUUUGGCGUUUGGAAAUUGGUAUUUCCAGCAUUUACAGCUCGGAAGAUUCGAAGAGAUCCACGAUAUGACUGUAUUCCUUAAAGAUAUCGACAAAGAUCCCAAGAAACGCCAGAAUAUCGAUACAACAAGGGCUAUUGAAAAUUAUAUUGACUCUACAGAGUUCGCUAUCACUUUAAUCUGCAAUCUCGCGAAAGAAGACAUCAUACCAUUGACAUUCCACUUCAAUACGAUCCUUUCUUUCUGUUUAACCCACAUAGAACAGACAUCUACCUUUAAUUUGAUGUUUACCAUCGUAGAUACGCUCAGAAACUCAUUCAACAACGGUAUCCCAGAAUGUCUACUCAACCUCAACGAGCUUUUCUCUCAUAUUAUGUCGAGUGAUUUAAAUACUCUUCAUUUUAUCUGCGAAAGGACCUCCAGCCCUCUCAGAGCUCUACAGGAACAUUACGUAUCACUUACGGAUAUACUCGAUAUGUUUAAUAACGUGUUUACGUAUAUGCCAGCCGAUCAAGAAAAUUCUAUACAAGAUUUAUUCCUUUUAUGGGGAGUUUCAUGCGGAAACUUGAUCACUGCGUCAACGGCUCUCAACAUAUUCUCUAUUUUGUUCGAAUCCGUUGACUUUAGAGCUUUAUCUCUAAUUAUUGAGUCAAUUUGUAUAGUUACUAGGUGUUGUCUGUCUGCAACUCAUUCAGACAAUGGCACAGCGUCAUGCUGCAUGUAUAUUUCGUCUGCUUUGAAGGCUUUGAACUCGAUUUCGCGAAGUUUGAUCGCAUCUAAGAAAAUCACUGGACUUUCAGAGAUUUUCCAGACGGCGAUCUCACUUUUGAACGUAUCUGGCAUAAUCCUACAGAACAUUGUCGUUGACAAUUUGAAACUGUUGAUGACUUUGAUUGAUUCAGGGGAUAUCUCUUUGUUUGCCCUUGACAAAGACAUCAGACAAGAUCUGAAGGACACCAAGGACAUUUUCAUCGACGUAAUUAAGACGUGCAAGGAUUCUUCGAUUAUUUUCAAAUUUGCAGUGAAAGUUUUGAAGUUGCCAUGCGACAUAUUGAGCAAAAACCAAGAUUUCAGUGUCUACUUGAUACCCCUCUUACCUCUGUUCUGGCUCUCUGUCGCUUCCCCAGAUAUGAUUACUCAUCUUUGUCCGAUAUCAGAAUUCUAUGAGUGCACUCAAAUUUUGAUGGGCUUAAUUGCUAAUCAGCACAUUACAAAAAUGAUUAAUUCGGCUUUAUCUGGAAAAAGUGACACGCCACAUGUUUUUUCAAAUGAGCUCAUGCAAGUACUUUCGCAAUCGUUUGGCGACAGUUUCUUCAAGCUCUGCGCUGAGGUAUUGACAUUCUUCAUACCUUUGGCCGAUGCAAUUUCGAUGAAUUCGAUAUUUGACUUAGCAACCGCGAUAUUAGCUUAUUGUCCCACAAAAGACGUCUUCAGAGCGUUACUGCCACUUACCAGACAGGCGACUCUCAACCAAUCAUGCGGAAAUAACACGUAUCAGAUGCCAUAUCUGAAAAGUGCUCUUUCCUCAGGUAACGCCGAACAACUCGACUUCCUAUUACGAGGAACCCCAUCAUCAGAGCUCAUUACAAUGAACAGUAAGGACACAAGUUUCGUAUUAAUCCAACAACACGUGAAUCUUCGUUUGCAUACGAAUUACGGGACAGGCAGUGAGAUAUUCAGGGUCAAAUUCGAUACAAUUGACUCUUUCCCACCGAUAUUCCCGUUCGUUCAGAGCUUAUUACAGACAAAUGCGACAGAAGAGGUCGCAAACUUCUGUAGACGCAUAGAAGUUGAUCCUUACACCAAAUGGUCCGAAGCUAUUUACAACGCGUUCGACAUUUCCGAUGAAAAAUCUCCUGAUUCAGAGAAAAUUCAUCUGGAUCUCAACGCAGAGUUCAUUUCGAAGGUUUCUUCAACGCUAGAAGAGGUUCUUCAGGAUAAUAAUCAGUCUUCUACCGCUUCUAAGCUGGUUCCGGAACAGGAAGAAGUAGAAAUCCACGAAGAAGAAGAAUCUGAAAAAGAAAAUGAAGAAAUAUACCAAAAUUACGACAAAAUCGACUUCUUACCUACAAUGGAAUCGAUAAAUAACAUUGUAAGUGAGUUUUUGCUUCAAAAGGGAGUUGCCGAUGAAAUUACUUUUGAUUUAUAUUAA